UUAAUCAAUCAAGGAAGGCGACGUGGUCACGCCCACCGUGAUUUGCAUCCACGUGAUGCCUUUAAACUCGCGCCAUUUUCUCAACACGGUCUCAUUCUGUCGCAGUCUGCGUCACGUUCACUACCUGUUCUUUGGUCCCGAGAAACCCUAAGAUUUUCAACAUGUCUGACGAGGGAAAGCUAUUCAUUGGUGGUCUGAGUUAUGAUACCACCGAGCAGUCCUUGGAAGAUGCCUUUUCCAAAUAUGGAACGAUUGCAAAAGUUGACGUCAUCAGAGACAGAGAAACCGACCGUUCCAGAGGUUUUGGCUUUGUAACAUUCGAGAAUCCCGAGGAUGCUAAAGAUGCCAUGGCUGCCAUGAAUGGGAAGUCUGUUGAUGGCCGUAUGAUCAGAGUUGAUGAAGCUGGCAAGUCUGGUGGAAGAUCUGGGGGCUUCAGAGGUGGUUCUGGAGGUGGCAGAGGUUUCUUCAGGGGUGGAAGAGGUAGAGGUGGUGGAAGCUAUGGUGGUGACAGGAGUUUUGGUGGUGAGAGGAGCUACGGUGGGGACAGAAGCUAUGGUGGUGACCGUAGCUACAGCGGUGGUGAUAGAGGCUAUGGUGGUGGCGGAGACAGGAGCUACGGCGGAGGUGAACGAUCCUACGGUGGUGGCGGAUACUCGUCCAACAGGAGUGGAGGCUACUCCAGUGGCGGAUAUAGAGACAACAGGAACCAGGGAGGUUACGACCGUUCCGGUGGCUCCUACAGAGAUAACUAUGACAGCUACGGCUGAAAUCCUGAUGCUGGACUAGACGGGAAACUAACCUUGUGAAGUGCUGACAUAAAGCGCUCUGUUUCGUGGCAGAAAUGGACAGGUGAUAAUGAUGGGUUAAUGCUUGGAGACAGGCUGUAUUAAUGCCACCACUCCCUGAUCCAAACCCUCAGCCCAAGUGCCCUUGGAUCAACCUAGUGGCAGAGCGGCAAGAAAGAGAUUGUGCAACACCAUUUUGAUAACUCAUCUUGAAUAAAAAAACAAAUCAAACAAGCUUGGGCCAUUUUAUUUGUAACCAUCUUGGAUAACAGGCAGUGAUCAGAAUUUGACCAGCAACAAGAUUUAAUUUUAUACACUGUAAACUGUGUUUCUCCGUGUCCAAUAGUGCGUUAGCAAAUUUCCGUUUGUAGCAACACUUUCUCCAGCUUCAGUUUUGUCAAUUUCUUGUUGUUUUAAGGCAUAUAUUCAAUCUUUGAGGACUCUGUUUAGAUAAGAAAUUUGUGUUAGUCUCUGCCCCUUGUUCUAGAAAUCAAAUUCACAAUAUAUUAAAAAAGCUUAAGAAAUAUAAACCAAUAAGGUCAAAUGUCCCUCACCUCUGUACCAGUUUUCUCUGGUGACUCUGAAGUAGGGCUUAUGGUUGAUAUUGACUCCUAAAACAGUUAUUGCAGUCAGAUAAAAGUUGAGUACGUGACUUUAUGGUUCAGUAAAGAACAAUCGUCUGAGGGAGCUUUUUCAGUGUCCUAUGCAAUGAAUGUUAUAGCUAUCAAUAACAGGCGUGCUUUUUGCUUUAGAAUUUUUUUUUACUUACUGCGUUUUCCACUGGCUUGGUUACUGCUGAGCGAGCUGUAUUAUCUAAAAUUGCACAAAGGUUGGGAAACACCAUCUCAUUAAAAUAAACUACUAAGGAAAAAGCGAUGGAGCUGCAUCUGCAAUCCGUCAGUUCACAUUAAACCUUGUGCAAGCUCUUCUGUCAGGUUAUAAGGGAGUAUAGUGAUAUAGUAUUGCCACUUUGUUUAAUGUUCUUGUAUUCACUUUUACUUGGAAGAUAUCAAAAUUAUUAUACGAAAAUGUGGGAACUUUUAAUUUGAAAAAAUAAAAACUUGUCAAAUAACAUAA